CCAUUAGUCGCGUCCAUCUCACAUCAACAUGCGUGCUGACGCUGCCACACAGUGCUUUGAAUGCCUCCACGCGCACCCAGCGCUCCUUUCGUCAGCCCUAACACACACUACCCUCGCGCGUCGCUCCGUGCCUUCUUCGUCGCCGCAAGCGUCCAAUCCCUCUAGCCGCGCACCAUGGACUUCCAGUCCCCUCAACAGAACGGCAUGUACGACCCGUCGAGCUUCAUCGAUCCAAACGCGCUCGCGAAUCCCCAGAUGAACGGCGCGCGCGGAUUUCCAGGGAACCAAAUGCCCACGGGCGUGAAACGUGACAGCUUGGGGAAUCCCAUGUCGCGCUCGCAGACGCCGUCGCAACCCCAAUUUGGCCUCCAGCAGCAACAAGGCUUUACCCACACCCCAUCGCCGACCAUGUCGAAUCAGAACUUCAUGCAGGGGCAGCUGGGCCAGCAAUUGGGACAGCAGAGGAUGCAGACAUCUUCACCCGCGCAAAACCCCAAUGGACCGCAAAUGUCGCCUAUGGGCUUCCAAGGCAAUGCGAUGAACCAGGGUUUCAACGCGAACGCCGGUGGCCAAUUCGCCGUACAGUCAGUGCAGUUGUCGCAAAACCUCCAAGAGCGACAGCUACAGGCGCAGAGACAGUAUGCCAUGCGCUUACAGCAACAAGCGCAACAGCAACAGCAGCAGCAGCAGAUGGGCGGAGCAAUGGGGAAUCUAGCAGCGGCCAACAUGGCCGCGCAACAGCGACACCAGUCCGGACAAAUGCCUGGCGGAAUGCAGCACCCCGGAAUGCGGCCGAACCCUAUGCAGGCUCAGGCACAAGCGCAGGCGCAGGCACAGGCGCAGGCACAGCAAAACCCCCAGCUUGCUCUACAGCACUUCACUAAGAACGUUGCUGCUCUUAUGCAACAACAUGGACGACCCUUCAACCCCAACCCUUCUGUCGCUGGACGCGUGAUCAACCUUCAGAAUCUCUAUCGGACAGUUAUGCAGUUCAAGGGCUACCGCUUUGUGACGCAGUCGCAAGGGUGGCCUCGCGUUGCACAAGUCAUGGGGAUACCACCGCAGCAAUUUCCAACAGCCCCAGAAGAACUUCGGAUAGCGUACGAGAACAAUUUGGGCAUCUACGAGCAAGCAUAUGUGCACAGGCAGAAUCAACUCAAGGGGGCGAUGCCUGGACAGAAUCAGAUGGGCGCUCAAAUGGGUUCACAGAUGUCUCCAACAAGACCAGGAAUGCCGGGCACCCCUCAGAAUGCAGCACAACAAGAAUAUCUCCAGCAGUUACAAAGGACGAAAGAAGCUAUGCAACAGCAGCAACAGCAAAGGCAAUCGAUGCCACCGACUCCACAGCAGCCUCAGUUUGCCGCCACUCCUGCACCACAGCAAUCGACCCCCCUACAAAACAACGCGCAGCCUCCGGACCUGAACGGACGAAGUACACCACAAACAGACAUGAAUGCGCGGAAAAGCAUAAGCAGACAACUGGAGGGCACACCUGUACAAGGCCCAGAGCCGGUAAUUGCUACGGUAACACCAGUCAAGGAGGAACCCGCAGCUGCUCAGGCGCCUCCAGCAGUCAAGGUCGUCGAAAAGCGACAGCCCGUGAUCGAGCAGGACGAUGGCACUCGUGUCUAUCAGCCAGCGUACCGAACGCAAGAUACCUGGGGCGGUUUGGACUUCGACUCUGACAACUUCAAGAACAUGAUUGAGAUGAUUGUUAACUACAAGCCAAAUGUUCCAUUACUACACGAAGCCGGCGUCAUCGACAUACGGGCCCUGACCAUGAGUCUGCGAUCUGGACUGCAUGCAGAGACAAGACUCGCGUUGGACACCCUGUCGAAGAUCACAUACGACAACAAUGUCCAGCUGGACCUCGGGCAAUGCGAAGACCUAGUCGAUGUGUUGGUCGAGUUCGCAGAAGAGCAACUGGAGGUGCUUGGAAACGACAAUCCUGAAGUGACCGACAUCCUGGAUCUCACACCUUAUGAGGAUGUGAUGCACCACUGCCGGGCAGAGGCAGCAACUCUGCAGGAAUUCUCGGAAGUAGGAACGAAGGGCUAUACUCUCGAUCGAACGGCCGACCGACUACUGGCAAUCACCACGAUAUUCCGCAAUCUUUCCUUCCUGGAAGUCAACCAUGCGUCACUGGUCAGCCCCACGGUCUUGAAGUUCUUGUCGAACUUCAUUCGUCUGGUCGGCACUCGCGUCUUGCUGUUGCGCUCUCACAUUAACACCUUUGACUUCAUGAAAGAUCUCAUCACGCUCUUCUCCAACACAAGCGCCAAGAUUUCCUUGCCUUCCCGCGAGGACGCCUACGCCGUUCUGCACUUCCUAUGCGCAUUCGCCCCCGUACCUCGCCCAGGCAGUCCAGUCAAGUUCACGCCCUUCAGCCCGCAAAUUCAUCGUUAUCUUCCAUCAGCCGUCGAUAGCUUGGCUAAACUCCUCGCUCGCGACGACCCCAACCGGACGUACUACAAGCAGAUCUUCGUGAACGAGGCGACUUCAAGUCCACCGUAUGAUCUCUUGACACGGGCAUUUGCGCUGGCGAUCUCCGUUGUUCCUGACCGCAACUACAUCGAGAACCGGAUGUACCAGACGAAGGAAGCACGCCCUAAGGAGGUCCGUAUGUUCGAGGCACGUAUCGCAGAGUCACGCAAGGCAUAUCUAAUGCAGGGCAUGCUCGCGGCCGACAUCCUUGGCAGUCUAGCACCCGGCCCUGAAAGCGGCAUCUGUCGUUCUUGGCUAGAGUCCGAGGAUGGCUGGGCAAACAGCUUGCUCAAAUUUGCGAUGUCACUCUCCGCCACUGAUGCUGCAACUCAACAACCGCCGCCACCACCAGCCCACCGCGGCCAAAGACCGAUGGAGCCUGACCGCGAGGGCUUUCAGCUCAUUGUGCACCGUGCAUUGUCGACAUUGAAGCGCCUGGGCGACAAGUCCAAGGGCGGCGAUGCACUGGUCAAAAGCGCAGAGGUAAACGGCACUUCGAAACACGAGGACGAAGACGAGGAUGACGAUGAUUACGAUAUGGAGGACUUCAACUUCAACGGCACAUCAUGGAAGGUCAAAGCCGAUUUUCUCCCGCGCCGAGAGACGAUGCUCGGUGCGCUCCUCACGUCCAACCUUGACGUCGGGAGUUUGAAUCAAUUUUGCAAGAUCGGGUAUCUGGAUGAGUAAACGGUGUUCCGGGCAGGUGCAACGGCGAAAACAGCAGGUUGUGUAUAGCGUGGUAGCUUGCAUUGGAGGGAUCCUUGGCACUAUUGCACUACGCGAGCAAGCUUUGGCUUGGUCUUAUUAGACAUCGAAACUGCAUUGGCAUGAUUGCCCGUUUUCUGAAACGUAAUUUUGUACACCUGAUAGACUGCCGCUGCCGAUGGCAUGCUUCGUACAGAAUUUUGAUUGUUGCGAAACGCGAACUGCCGUCUAUUUUCUGCUAGUUCCUUCCUGUGCCUGAAAAGCAAUAUACUUGACAAGAACAGCUUUAAAUAGUAUCAAAGCUAGAACAUACGGCAGACUUCCAUCCAGUAGCUAGAGGUUUGCAAAUGCU